CAUUGUUGCCAAAGUGCCCUGGUUUCAAGUUAUCCUUUUCCCAGAUUUUCCCAAAGGCAAAGGUUGGCACUGCAGCCUACAUUUAACCUAACCUAACAAAACCUGCUACAUAAUUUUUUGGUUUUGUAGUUUUGUGCUGUGACUGAAUGAAAGUACUGCAAGAUGCCGAAGUUAUCCUACUUGAGUCGAAAAAAUCUGAGGAGCUGACGACAACAACAACAAUGAAGAAUCCUACAACAACAAAGAAAACUAGCCUCUCUGUUUUCAGUCACUUCAAAUAUGAACAUCUUUUAGCUGGUAUAUCUGGAGGAGCUAUAUCUACAUUAAUUUUGCAUCCCUUAGACUUGAUGAAAAUUAGAUUUGCAGUGUGUGAUGGUAGAACCAGCAUACCUCAGUACAGUAGCUUGACAAGCGCAUUUCAUACAAUAUUCAGGCAAGAAGGUAUCAGAGGACUGUACAGGGGCGUAGCGCCCAAUGUUUGGGGAUCUGGAAGCGCCUGGGGAUUUUAUUUUUUAUUCUACAACUCGAUAAAGAACUGGAUCCAGCAGGGCGAUAGCCAGUACCCUCUGGGCCCCAGUCUGCACAUGCUGGCUGCUGCAGAAGCCGGUCUGCUCACCCUCGUCGUCACCAACCCCAUCUGGGUGGUGAAGACCCGGCUGUGCCUGCAGUACGGCAACGAGGACGCUUAUUUGUCGAAGGGCGGGCAGGUUUACCGUGGGAUGUCCGACGCGCUGGUGAAGAUUUACAGGAAGGAGGGGGUGCGCGGGCUCUACAGGGGUUUUGUGCCUGGUAUGUUCGGAGUCACCCAUGGGGCAUUGCAAUUCAUGACGUAUGAAGAGAUGAAGGCGUUUUACAAUCAGUAUAGGAAGCUACCACAUGACAACAAAUUGACCACAGGCGAGUACAUCGGUUUCGCGGCCAUCAGCAAACUCAUAGCCGCAGCCGCCACAUACCCCUACCAGGUGAUAAGGGCCAGGCUGCAGGAUCAGCACCAUAGCUACGCGGGCUCGUGGGACUGCGUUCGGAAGACGUGGAAGCAUGAACGGAUGACGGGGUUCUACAAGGGCCUGGCGCCCUACCUGCUCCACGUCACGCCCAAUAUAUGUCUAGUCAUGUUGAUAUAUGAGAAGUUCAGUAAUAAUAGCUAAGUUAGCGGUGAAGGCGAGAACACAACUGAGAAAAAUAACAUGACAAAGAACUGUUUAUAUUUUUGCAUUUCCAAUGAUUUUCCUGAAGUAAAUAGUCGAUACUGACGUCACAAGUCCUAUAAUGCGUUCGUUUUUAUUGGUAGUCGAAAGUAAUAAAUUCGUGGAAUUGCGUUCCGAAGACGUGGAAGCACAAGCGGAUUACAGUGUUCUAAAAGGGGCAGCAUAGGAAGAUAUAUUUUUUCUCUAUCAACGAAUGUUCACAACAGUUAAAGGAAUAUCAACUUCAUAUAUCCUUAAAAUAUAACAAAUAGCUGGCAACACAGGACUUAUGACGUCAGUGCCGCCGAACGCUAGAUUUGAAGUUUUCAAAUGGUGUUUUUUGAAACUAUGCACUCAAUUUUAUUCGCAUUUGUGUUCUUGCCUAUUACUUAAUGAUUAAUUAAAUUUUUUGUUUGUUGCGGAUUUGGGUGUUGUGAUAAUGGUUUCGUUAAGGAGACAUUGAUUUUGUCGCCUCAUUUUGACAGGGAGAGUCCUAUUUUGGGAUAAGAUGGACGGAGGAUGAAUUUUUAUGACAAUCCCAAUGUUGAAAGCUGCUUCAUUAAUUUUUGCCUGUCAAAAGUCCUUUGUUUCUAUGUUAACAUUCCCAAAGCACUCUUCUUCCUAGAUUCAAUGGUGUCAAUAUAUUUUUCUAAAACGAACACAUCAGUAGUUAUUGAUAAUUUUAUAUCAAAUAGGACUGACUCCCUAUAUUUUUUUGUAUACAUUGAUAGAGCUUGUCAUCACUGAUCCAAAAAUAUAGAGAGUUCUAGAUUCUUAAAUAGAAAAUAUUCCUGAAAUACCACAUUAACAUUUAAUUUUACUGAGAAGAAUACCAUUCAUAGUCUUUUAGGGAACCCUGAAGAAAAAUAUGAUACUUAUGAUGAAUCUGGUAUUCAUGAGAUGAAUUGAAAUGACUAACAUAAAAACUAUUGGUCAAACACAAGAAUUGAAAAAACUGAAAUUUCGAAAGUUCAUCGAAGUGUUCUUUAUAUUAAGCAUGACGAAAAAGUGCAUCUUGUUGAAAAUAUUACCCUGUGGGUCCCUAAGUAUACACUUUGGAAAGAAGUAUAUCAAAACUUCCUCAUUUUGCUGAAAAGGAUGGAAGAACUUUUAACAAAUCAUGUUAACAUCGGUUUAGGUCCAAGUUUAGAGAGCAGCUUCUAUUUUUUUUCUCGGAAAUUAGGUGGUAAAUGAAGAAACACAGAAGCAAAAUAGGUUGUAUUUUGGGUUGCUUCAUUCAGAAAUAUAUGAAAAUCACGAAAAAACGAUAGGGCGCUAUUUUUUUUCAAUGCAGAAAUGUAAGCAACUUGUUGUGAGUACACCCUUGCAAUACCUGGAUUUUCUGCAAUAGGUUCAAAAGGUACGUCAAUGAUAUAUUGAUAUAAUUUCAAGAAACUCAUCUUAGAGCAAUUUGAAAAGGUGUCCAAAAUUAUUGAUGAAGGUAUUCAUACAUCAUCAUCCAAGUUAUAAUUUCAAUUGCUGGAAAAGUGAUAUUGAAAUAUAAUUGGGUCUUUAUCACUAUUCCCCAUAAGAAAACUAUUCACCUCUCCAUAUUCAUUUAAAAAUUUCAGUGAUUUUUCGCGCAUAUAACUAAUUAAAUCCAUAUUUCAAGUAGAAUCGCUCAUUGUUCUAAAAUUGUUCUAUCCGUCAUUCGGUUGCCCCCUUACGAGCAUCCCUCAGAAGUCUUCGAGAGUCUUGUGCGAGCAAGGAAUGACGGAAGCCUUACCUUUUAACGUGUGAUCCCAAACACUUUCUUGGGCCAUCAGAAAAAUUUCAGCAGUCGUUGGGAAUCGAACCCACGACCGGCAAGCGAAUGCGAAUUAGAAUACCGACACUCUGUCCGCACGGCUACCUGGCCUCGCUCAUUACUUCUCAACAUUGAAGCCAUAAAAAUCAAAAUAAGGUACUGAGUGACCUUGAGUUGAUAGAACACAACCACAGGGUGUUCACCAGGCAAUUCGACUUGCAAUGACUCCAACUGGUUUAUUCCAAAUGCUACCCGGUAUAUUAUUUUAUUCGGCAAAUUAUGGUUGGUUGUGACUCCAUUUAUAUGGAGGUUUUUUAUUCAAACUAUAAAUCGUGGUGGGUCUAAAGACGCUACAACUUGAAAAAAAAAACAGUUCUAAAUAUCUUUGGAACCAUCAAAAUGUGUAUCAGGAAUAAUAAAAAAUCUCCCUCUCAGGGGAAUCAUAUUUGAGGAGUUGAAAAAAUUAACUGCGCCACUGUUGAAGAAUGCCAUUUUAGGAUACCCUGUACAUUGAUGGAUGAAUCAGGCUGCAAAAUCGAUGCUCUUCCUUGGCAAAAACCCAUAUUUCACUUACGUUGUUGCUAAGAAUUGUUUAUUCUGGCUAGAAAAACCAGUGAUUCUCGAUAAAUUUAAUCGUAUUUAUUUAUUUAUUGAUUCAUAGGCAAUACUUUCCACCAAACAAAUGAUAUCUCAAUAGAGCACUGUCAGUGGCGUCACAGGACGUAAAAUUGACCGCCAUUGAACAGCUGAUGGGGGAAGCAUAAUCAUUAUCCAUAAGGGUACCUACAUGUAACUUUCUUGCACAUUUCUCACUAUAAUACAAUACCUGGAGCAUUUAUUUAUUAACAUGUUUGUUAGUUCAUUCAUUCUGGCCACUGUGAGGAAAGAGAAUGAGUCCGAUGAAGAGUUAAAAUUGGUUUAUUUGUCAAUUUAAAAUUACUGGAUUCACUUGAGUUCAGCUAUAAUAUACCUUGUAAAAUACCUCAGUAGAUACUCAGUUUGCAACAACAUAUACAGGGUCAGGAAUAAUGAAAUCUAAAUUUGCCCGAUCAGCUGAUAAAAACGACGAGUGCGCCAUGUUGUGACGUCAGCUGACACUGCUCUAUUGAAAACUUAUAAUUUAUUCUUAUCUGGGACAGGGCGUAAAUCAGACAGUCUCCACCAUAACUGUACAGAAUAUAUACAAAAACAAUUGAAAAUCGAAGUUGUUUAUAGUGAAAUGAACUUUGUUUCUUAGAUAAUGUCAACUUAGUGGACUAUACAGGAUGAUCCAUAUGCCUGUGACAUACCGAACAAACGUCUUCUCUAAUGGAAUACCCAACAUUCUAUUUCGUCCUUGGAUAUAGCUCAGUAAGACGAGUUCAAUGAUAUAUCAUAUUGGUCCUGAGAUCACCCGUUUUGGACUUAUCCAUGAUCUUCUUCAUUAUGUAGUCUAAUUCCAAAACAUUAUAAAAACGUUGUGGAAAAUUCUACAUUCGCGUUUUUCGUUAUUGAUCUCUAUUACUAUUCUUAAAUAAUAAAAUUUUGAAAUUACUACUACUUAUUGAAUAUGAUCAUGGAUAAGUUCGAAAUGGGUGUUCUCAUGUUAUCAUAUAUCAUUGAACUCGCCUUUCUGCGCUCUUUCCAAGAAUGAAAUGAAAUACAGGGUGUUCCAUUCGAAAAUUUCGAGAAAGUGAUGCGUUUGCAAAAUUACAUCAUUAUUUUUGGCGAAUUCAAAAUUUCUAAAUAUCUAUCCAGAUAACAUAGAAUUUGGUAAUUUAUGAGGAAAACUGCGCAGCGAAAACUUGAUUCUCAACGUUUUUAUAGGGCUUUGAAAUUUGGCUAUUUAUUGAAGAAUAUCAUGGAUAAGUCCGAAACGGGUGAUCUCAGGCCCAUGUCUUCAUACAUCAUUGAACUCGUCUCUCUAAGUUCUAUCCAAGGACGAAUUGAAAUUUACUGUAUUCCAUUUGAAAAUUCGUAUGUAUGGGAUGUCACAGGCAUAGGGAUCGUCCUGUAUUGUUGACAUCACCUAAAGAAGAAAAUAUGGUUUUCCACUGUUUUGUAUAUGUUCUAGUUUAACCUAACCUGACCUCACCUGACCCAUGUUAUGUGGGAUACCCUGUACUUCAGUGUAUCAAUCAGAAGGACAUAUUUUAAAGACUGCUAAAUUAAAAAUAAAUGUAUCCACAUUGUGGGAUUUUGAAAAAAUGUCUCAGUUUUACGCUACAUUGAACUCGCGCAUACCACGGCACGAAAAUGUUGGUUGGUGAGUGAGCGCAAUACGUAUAACGUACAGGGUGUCCCCCUUUAUCCUCGUAAUUCUCAACAUAUUUUGGUUAUUCUGGAAUAUUUUUUUUUAUUCUUAGAAUCUGUGCUUACUUUUUCUCCAUAUCAAGAAACUACAGGGUGGCUCAAGAAACUGUUUUUCUUCAAAUGAAAUGAUCCAUAUUUCUUUUUUCAUAAUUCGAUGGAGCAUGUCAAUCUGGAUUAAAAACAUAUAUAUAUUAUUCAUAUAUUAUUAUCGAAUAUAAUAUUUGAAUCAUUUCAUUUGAAAAAACUUUUUUAGGCCACCCUAUAUUUUGUUGAUAUGAAGAAAAAGUGAGCACAAAUUAUAAAAAAUCGUGAAAAAUUAUUCCAGGAACGGUUUUGAAUGGUCAAAAUAUGUAGAUGAAGGGGGACCCAUUUAGGUGGGACACCCGUACUCGGCCAGUCUUGGAUAAUUUAAAAGAUACCAUACCAUCGAUGUUGAUGAUACAGCAAAACACUAGUAAUAAUUCUUAUUAUGCACAAUUAACCAAACACAAAAAAAAGUAAAAAUGGCUGACGAACGAUCAAUAAUGAGAUUACAGAGAAGCCUGCCCAGUAAAAUCAACAAGGAGUAGGCAGACGUUCUAAGAAGUCUUUAAAACAGAGAUUGAAGAUAUGCAGUGCUGACGUUGAUUUAUGUACUGCGCAGGUGCCUUAACCAAUUUUAAUGAUCGCUUGUUGGUAUCAAAAUUUCUUCGCGCAUCCUCUUGUAUUGUCCUUUCAUUUGUUGUUUUCAUAGCGGUUUCCAUUGUGUUACACUCAGUGUAUAUCUAUCCUUCUUUUUCACGUGUAGCAGAAAGAGAAAUGUAUACACUGAGUGCUCACUGGUUUUACCAAUGAAAUCCGCUAUUAGAUCAGUAGUUGACAUCGAUUUACGCCAUUUACGGCCUGUCCUUUUGAGAAAAUCACGAAGUAACAGAUGGCGUUGAGAAUUUUAUGUUCUCUGGAAUAGAGGGGAACAAAUAUUUGACCCAUAUUUUCAGUUUGAAUUUGUCGUUUCUGAAUCCUUGUUAUGAGUAAUAAAUCAUCGCUUUAAGGUAUUCGAACGGACGAUAUUUUGAUUAAUUUACAGAUAGACACAAGGUUCUUUGAACAUUAUAUGGAUUCCCGUUCGUGCGCUCCAAGAGAAAAUAAAAAAAGGGGAACAAAAGUGCAAUGCAUUUGAACUAUAUUUCCUCCAACCUGUCGAGCAGUACUAAUUUCAACAGAUAUACGUGAUAGAUGAUUAACUGUACCACUGUCUUCCUCGCAGAUUAUUUGCCUCCAUCACAAUUCACGUGCAGUGUUGCCGUCUCAAUUUUUAUUUCAUAAUCAUCAUUAGUCAAUAACCUUUCAAUUCCAUAUUUUUUAGAUUUUUUCGGACGAUUUUAAGGUGCUAAAAUCAUCAAUAUUGUCACGGUAAUUUUCAAACGGAUGGAAAUUUACCGCAAAGAAAAUCCGACAUCACGAUUUCGUAAGUAUAGAGGCAGACCAUAGCGUCAUUGCCAUAUGUUUAAAUACGAAUGGGAAUUUCCAUUAUCUCGUAAUUUUCCCUCGUAUAGGUUGUGUCUCAUUGCAUAUGAUGAAUUUGUGUUAAUAAUAAUUAUAUUAAUUAACACUUGAAAAGAUAUGGUCCGGUAAACGUGACAGCACAGGAUUGUGGGCGUUGUCUUGUCAGUUCUCAGCGUUUAGCACAGCAUUGCCAAGUCGCUAGCCUAGCCAACAUUCACAUCAUGAUGUUUUGUUGAUGGAGUAUAAGAAAUAUUUUAACAGCUGGUUGCUCGAGAGUCACAUUCACUUUAAUAUCAUGGCUUCCCACUUUUAGGUCAAAUGAAAUAACUCGAAUAUAGUAACGAAAUUGAUACAAUAUUGUAUUUUCAUAUAACAGAAGUAAGCUCUACAUUAUAUUGUGGCGAAAUAACAUGUUUAGUGAGAUCUAUCUUGAAACUUAUGAUUUGUAACACAAACAGCCAACAAAAUCAAUCUGAAAACUGUUAAAUAAGUUUGUUCACCUCUAUUUCUGGUUCAAAAACUGACGCCAGAGGUCAGUUACUUCGUGAUUUUCGACAACUAUCUUCACUCCACUUUAUGAUGGAUCGCCAGAUGGCUAUUCAUAUUUACUGAUUCUCAGAAUGCUUUGCAUUACAUGAUUGAUAAGAUGAUUUAUGUGUAAUACAAACAUAUGGAUGUUAUCUGCUAUAAAUUAUAAUAGUACCUAGUUGUUACUCUUUCCACGAUUGAAAUUUUUUUCCGAAAAAAAUUGUCAGCUCUUAGAAACAUGGUAACUUGGGAAGUGUUUUUAUUUCCUCCGUUUUAUAUGUACUUAGAAAAUUUUGUGAACAAUGUUGGGAAAGCGCCAGAUGUAGAUUUCAUGUCGCAGUUGGUGCCGCCAUUUUGAUGGAAACUGAUAAAUAUCCUUGAGGAUGUCCUAACAGGACGAAACAUCGGAAAGACAUAAACACAAGUUAGUGAUUUGAUUAAUUGUUUUACUUAAGUUAUUUAUUUCGUCGUGGAAAGUUUUCAAGCAAGUCAUGACAAAUCAAAUUUUUUUCCAUGAAAAUACAAAUAUAUUUUUCUUUAUUUUGAUGUCAAAAUUUUGGUAUCUACCAUUACAUUCGGUCCAUGAGUAGCAUCUCCGUGGUCACUCGGUAUACAGGGUGUUAGAUUGAAGUAGGCCAUCGACUGUAUAUUUCACCAUUAUAAUUCGAGACAAAAUUACUCAAAAUAAAGGAAACACAGCUCCAAUUAUAGAUACAAUGUAUAUUACGAAGAGCAAAUAUGCAGAGUGAUAAUUAAUGUCAUCUCAAUAUGGAAGGUAGUGUUUCCUUAUCUCAUAUGUAAUAAGAACAAAAGCUUUAGCAAGUUUACUUUUUCAGAAUUCGUUGUAAAUUUGAAGGUAGUUGAAAAAUAUUUGUUAUUGAGUUUUAACCGAUUUUAUGAGAACCAAUUAUUUCGGAAACAAUUUUCCCAAUUCAGUCCAUAAAAUCGGUUUUGACAUUUGAAAUCAGCAUAAAAUUCAUUGUUAGUUAAAAGAAGUGAAGUUUUGUUCUCAAAGUCGUUUGAUCUGACAGGUGGCCGACCUCAAUAAAACACCCUGUAUAAUAUACAAUUUGCAUUCAAAAUCCAAAAAGAAUUAAAAAUUGAACGUUGCAUUAUUGAAUAUUGGGAUGUGAUAAGUAAUAAUAUAUCGAACGACAAGACAUUUAUCCUACAAAGGUAUUCAGAAUUUAAUUUUUAUUCUUUUUUUUUUUCAUGCAUGAUAAUUAGUUUUUGUCGUGUGCUUCAUUGGACUGAAAUUUCGGAUACCCACUCUGAGCUGUCGAAAUUUCAUUCCACCUGAUUACGUACUUUUUUGUUAUGGAGUAUAUUUUUAUGAUUUAUAAUAGAUUGCACACGUUACAAAUAUAAGGAAAAAAUCAAAUCCCCUUUAAAGUGGAAAUGCGACACUUGUUGUAUCCAAAAUAAUUUUUUGCAAUUCAUUUCCAAAUGUUGAAAUGUUGGUCAUAUGAACAAUGAUAUCAAUUCGUGAUUUCAAAUUAUCACUAGUUGCAAUAUGAAAUGUUAUGAUGCAGCUUUGUGUUUUUAUCUUCGAUAUUCAAAAUCUCAUUAUUACGCAUAUGGUGAAAGUGAAUAAAGGUGCGCAAAUGGUUGAGAGUGCGCACAUUGUUGAGAGUGCGCAUAUUGUUGAGAGUGCGCACAUUGUUAAGAGCGCGCACCUUGUUAAGAGUGCACACAUUGUUGAGAGCGAGUGCGCACUCUUCAACAAUAACCUGAGCACUCUUGAACACUAAUCUGAGCACUCUUGAACACUAACCUGCGCACUCUUGAACACUCAAAUGCGCACUCUUGUAAACAUAUCUGCAUACGAGUGUGAUUUUUCAGAUACUGAAUUCAUGUAUACUAUUAUUGUGAUCAAAAUGAUCAAAAGCAAAAUCCAGGCAAUAUCUUCAAGAAUAAAUAGUUAUUGUCUCGUUCAUUGUGUGCGCAUUGUUGUAGACAUUCACCCUACUGAUGCUAGUGGAAAUAUUGUUCUAAUGAGCAUUCAGUGGAAUAACAAACAGUCAUCACUUUGUGAAAUGACUAGUGUUUCACUACUCAUGUCUGGUAUUCAAAAUACGCUCAUCUUGCCAUUUGUUUUUAUAAAUAGCUAUUAAAACAUUCCAAAUUCUUCGAAUUCACAUUUAUAUAUUCUUACAGAAGCGUUGAGAAGCUACCUUUGUGUUUUCUAUAUUCGUUUACUGCAAGACUUAUAUUCGUGAAUAAUUGAUGAUAUCAAAAAGUUGUAAAUAAUAUCCCUCGCUAUGCAUGUUAGUGGGAUCUGAAAGUAUCCCUUGUGAAAUUGUUAGGAUAUAAUGUUUAGAAUUUGUUUCUAAUAUUGUUUUGUGCCUGUAUUUCAGACUGUUUUGUUCAUUAAAACAAAUAAUGUGUUAGUUCUAUUAGGAGAAAAAUAAAAUGUUCAGCGCAAUAUUGAUUAAUUCACCAGGAAUGUUACAAAUACCAAUGAAGCAAAUAGUUUUUUUAAGCAAUUAAUUACGAAAAAAUGCUAAACCAAAAAAUAACUGCUUUGUUAGUAGCAUUGUGUGUAAAAUAUCAUUCUAGGAUCUAUUAUUUAUUUCAUAGGAAACCUCCAUUAUAAGAUUAAUUUCAAGAAAAAUGAAUAUUGAAAUUUUGUUUCCAAAAAAUAUAUUUUGAAUGAAAUAGAUAUCCA